CUUCCAGCGCGCAUCUCCAUAAACCACUGGUUGUCAGGUGUACCGUGAUCAAACACGUCCCUUACCAGUACAGAGCGGUACUCGUAUCUAAAACCAUUGCAGAAAUAUGUUUGUUUUCCUUCUCUGUGAAACAAUGUGACUGAGGUGAUAUGCGUCCGGCGCACAGACCAGUGCGUAUCCAUGCACCUGUUGACGCGCUCCGAUCAGAAAUAAUGGGAGACAUUUUAAACAACACUAGAACUUUAAACAAAAGUUUAAUGGAUCCACACAAGUUUAGCAGUCUGGAGGAUAUCGACGUGACUGCUGAUGGUAGCCUCGUGCUGAGGAUUAUAAUCUCGGUGGUCUACUCCGUGGUGUGCGCCGUGGGUCUGGUCGGGAACCUUUUGGUGUUCUUCUUGAUGAAGGUACGGCAGGGUCGAAAGAAAUCCACCAUUAACGUAUUUGUCAUCCAUUUAGCCGUGACUGACUUUCAGUUUGUCUUGACUUUGCCUUUUUGGGCGGUGGAUACGGCGCUGGAUUUCAGCUGGCCGUUUGGUAACGCCAUGUGCAAGAUCAUUUUAUCGGUCACCGUGAUGAACAUGUACGCCAGCGUGUUUUUUCUCACCGCUAUGAGCAUCACUCGUUACUGGUCUGUCGCAUCCGCCCUUAAGAUCCCUUCUAGAAAAAGGUCUGCAUCUGUGAAAUGGAUCUGUGCUGUGUUGUGGAUACUGGCGACUAUAGCCACCGCUCCAACUACCAUUUUCUCCACGGUGACAGUCGUGGCAGGUGAAAAACUGUGUCUCCUCAGGUUUCCAGAUGGCCACGAUUGGCUUGCUCUUUAUCACCUUCAGAAAAUAGUCAUUGCAUUCAUCCUGCCCAUGUUCAUCCUGUCGGUAUGUUAUCUCUUACUUUUAAGGUUUAUUCGACAAAGGGUCGUUAAAAAUCACCAAGGGAGGCGAUCUAAUGUCACCAAAUCUGUCACCGUGGUGGUCCUCUCCUUUUUUAUUUGCUGGAUGCCAAACCACGCCAUCACCCUUUGGGGCGUCCUGGUGAAACUGAACGCUGUCAACUGGGAUAAAUCGUAUUAUAUGGUGCAUACUUACAUUUUCCCCUUGACUGUCUGUCUCGCCCAUACGAAUAGUUGUCUGAAUCCAGUUUUGUAUUGUCUGAUGAGAAGAGAGUUUAGGAAGAUGUUGCAUAGUUUGUUUUGGCGCGUGUCAUCACCUGUUUCCAAAGCUGCAAAAUUGCAUGGAUACAGCUGUGACAUGCAUCAAAAUCAGGAUGACGCACACACUCGGGUCCAUUUAAACGUGAUCGACACGCAGCAAUCCGCUCGGACUAAUGCAGCACAGGUUACCUGCUAAAACAAUGCACACAUGUUUCUGUUCUUAUGAAUGUCAGAAUGUUUUAACGGUGUUUAAUUUUAAUACUUGCUCGUGUCAGUGUCUCAUAUCAUGUUGUACACAUUAUGUGACAUCAAACAAUGGAACAAUUAACAAUGCAAAAUAUAUGCACAUUUUUAUUGUUAUCUCAACAACACAGACUCCAAAUCUGAUGAUACAGUCGUCAUAGUCUUUGCAUGUGACACAAGGCGGCUUUUGCAUUAUAUUAAAUCUGUUUGUGUAUAUUUUGUUCUGUAAGUGUUAUUUACAGUAUAUUGUUAUUAAACAAGUGUUUGUAAAUAUAAAAUUGAAAACCGAAGAUGUACAGUAUGAAGUAUUUUGACAGCAAGACAUGCUUGCAAAAGAAAAUACAUAUUGUAUUUAUGCUGUAAUAUCGUUCGAAUAAGAUGUAAAUAUUACAUUCACUUCAUCUCUUUAACUGAAUGGAUACCCGAGUGAAAUCCACCAUUAGGCUUGGUUCGAUUCAUCUACUGAUAACACAUUUAUUUCAUUUCCUUCUGCAAGCACUGUUUAUUGUCUGUUAUGAUCAUCAAGUUAAUUAAGAUCCUCAAGAAGCUAAAUAGAAUAAAUCUUCAA